UGCAAACCAAUGUCGGAUGUUUGCUGGCAAUGUCAGAAAAACAAUAACUUGGUUUACAAGUCUGCCAACCUUCCAGAUGACCAGAAGCAGGGGCGAUGUCGAAAACAACAGGAUCAUCUGACCAAUGUGGCCACGGAGAGGGCCUUCUACUGGGAUCUGGUGAAAGAGUCGAAGGUAACAGCAGAGCGAGAAGGAGUUCGACUUGGCCAAAACGACCCAUGUAGCAGACGCAUCGCUAUGCACUAUUCUUUUGACUUUGCACAGCAAGUGCAUUACCCAUCGGACCCCAUGCAGCCUGGCCCCGUCUACUUUCUGACACCAAGGAAACUUGGCAUUUUUGGUGUCCACUGUGAAGGGGUUACACAGCAGGUGAACUACCUUGUUGGCGAGUCAUACAACACCAGCAUUGCCAGCUCAUGACCGAGGGGAAGGUGAGAUGCGACAUAUGCAUGGUGCAUCGCGGUGACUUGAUGUCGAUGGUUUCGCAAGAACGCGCCAAGAAAAGGCAAGAUGUUUCCAUUGCCUCCACGCCAAAUAUCCGACUGACGUCAAGACAGCUGCAGGAA